UCAAUUCGAUUACUUAAGUGGAUUUUUGGCUGCGUGUGAACGUAUACUUCAGUUUUUGGAGGUAUUGUGAUGCUCCUCCUUGUCACAAGAUGGCGAUAUACAGCAGCUCGUUGUGGUCGCAUUGAACGAAAAUGGAGGCUGUAAGUGAGGAGAAGGUGUCAAUCCCAUUUGGAUCCAAAUCUCUGGAAGGUGUUCUCACGGUUCCUGAAUCAGAUCGUGUACAAACAGCUCUCAUACUCACACAUGGAGCAGGGGGAAAUAUGAACCUGAAGUCAUUAAUGUCACUGGCACAAGCAGCCGCCAUGUCUGGUCUGCUUUGCCUCCGAUUCACAUGCAAAAGCCUGAACCUGGCGCACAGAGUGAGGGCGUAUGAAGCAGUCGUGGUGUACAUGAAAACACUUGAUAGAUUUCCACUGAAUAAUGUUUUCCUUGGGGGACGUUCGAUGGGAGCUCGAGCUGCUGUGGCUCUGGGCAGACAGUUGUGUGUCAAGAAAGAGGUUAAUGUCCAAGGUCUGUUGUGUGUUUCUUUCCCCCUACAUCCUCCUGGCCAAACACAUGCUCAUGUUAAACGUAGUGAGGACCUCAGAGCACUUUUCCACAUUCCUGUGCUGUUUGUAUCUGGGACUGCAGAUAACAUGUGUAAACGGCAACUUCUGGAACAUGUUGUGGAGGAUAUGGAGAGCCCAUGCUCUCUGCAUUGGGUAGAGGGAGCUAAUCAUGGGCUGGCUGUGAAGGGGAGAACUGAGGAUUCUGUCUUAGAUGAGGUCAACUCACAAAUCAUUACAUGGAUACUAAAACAUGUCUGAAAUUAGAUGCUAUACUGACAUGACUGAUUUUUUUUAUGCUGCAACCAUUUUUUAUAAAUAAAAUAAAAUCUUAAAAUUGUG